GCUGAUCCGCAACGGAGUCCUUUUGCUGUGUGGGCGUAGACCUAUUAUCAGAUCCACCCUCCGGAGCAGAGGGGGCGCUACUGCACCUAUAAUGUGGAUCCCAACCGCCGCUAAAAGAGAAGAAGAAGACAGACUUGCGUUCGUGAUCGGACGUCUGCCAGGGCAAAGACCACGGUGCAUAAAAAUGCUGAUGCAGAUGUUUUGCAUGCCGUGGUGAUCUUUAGGGCUACUGCUUUAGGCACAACAUAACAGAACUGCGAGAUGCCGGGUGUGUUCGACAGGUUUCUGCAGCGGCUUUAUGUGUCUUACAUUGCAUGUGUGCCACUAAAGCUUUGGUGCCCACUGUUCCGAGUUUUAAAACUUUCUUGCAACAUAAACAACGGACCCCGUACGCUAACUGGUAUUUACCACGGAGCACAAUCUGUGUUAAGUAACCAGUUGUCAUUAAAUGUGCACUUCCCCAUAGCUAAAGCGCACACUUUUCUCUAUUUGCUUACCCGGUUUCCCCGCAAACGUGUAACAUUAGAUGGUUAUGCCUGACACUGACACAUAACGGACAUGUAAACAGUGAACGUUACAAUCUUUUUGGCCGUGUUGGUUUGACAACAUUUUAAGACCUCUGAUACAUUUUAAGUAUCCGCGGACAGGCAGCCCCUAACCAGUAACAGUUUAUGGUUAAGCUUCUGCAUAACCCCUUUGGGACUUAAUCUAAAUCAAAUCUCAUAGUAAUCCGUGUGGUCACUGGUAGACUUUUAAAAAUUGUUUUUACUAAACUUUGUUUUUUUAUGUUAAUGUUUAUUGGAGAUUAACUGAAACUGCCUCAAUAAUGGAGAAUUCCUGUGUCCAGCUGAGCACACAAACACAGCAGGGACACAGACUAUAACACACACACACACACACACACACACUCUGGUUUCCAUGUUUUGUGGGGACAUUCCAUAGACAUUUUAUACUUUUUUUAUACUUAUAUAUUUCUGCUACUUCAGAUUUUUAAUAAACGUCAUUUUGUUUGAUUUAUAGGCUUGUUUCCUCACGGGGACCUCAAAAUGUCCCCACAAGGUCAACAAAACACUGGUAUUUCUAUCUUUAUGGGGACAAUUGGUCCCCACAACGUGAUAAUUAGGUACACACACACAGCACAGUGCCACAUGGCUUUGACCCUCUAAACAGCUUUAAUUUCUUGCGUUGGCCAGAGAGGAGGUAAAAACAAGCAACAAGCUCAUCUCACCAUUAUAGACAAUCAUCACCUCUGAUCAAUUUCAAAUCAUUGUGGAUAAUUGGAGCUCAUGCAAAUGUGUGUAUGCUCUGUGAAGAACUGAAUUGACCGCUGAAGAAUGGAGGUCUCCAGACGAGAGCCCAAAGCUGAGCAGUUGACAGAUGAAGGGACAGAGAAGACAAAAGAUGAAGCGGUUCAUCUGAGGAGGAGUAUAGGUCUGCUACCGUCCAUUUCUUUUAUCAUUGGCACUGUGAUUGGCAGUGGGAUCUUCAUCGCUCCUAAAGGUGUUUUGAUGAAUUCAGGCAGUGUUGGAGUCUCUCUUAUUGUCUGGAUUCUGUGUGGGGUUCUCUCUCUUUUCGGUGCUCUGUGCUAUGCUGAACUGGGCACAAGCUUUACGAAGUCUGGGGGUCACUACACCUACCUGCUGGAGACUCUGGGUCCUCUGCCUGCCUUCCUGCGGCUUUGGACUGAAUACAUAUUAAUCAGACCUGCAGUGGCGUCCUACUUGUCUCUAGCAUUAGGACGUUAUGCAGUGGAGCCGUUUUUCAUUCCUUGUGCGGCUCCGACCGUUCUGGUCAAACUCGUCAGCAUCUUGGCAGUCUCAUUCGUGGUGGUAGUGAACUGCUGGAGUGUGUCUUUAGUUGCUCGUACGCAGGUGUCGCUGAUGGUCAUCAAGCUGUUCGCUUUGAUUCUGAUCAUCAUUCCAGGAAUCAUGGCUUUGGUUAAUGGCAAAACUGCCAAUUUCCAGGAUGCAUUUGACUCUGAAUCUUUAUCGGUGACCAAACUUCCGCUGGCUGUUUAUUCUGGACUAUAUGCAUAUGGUGGAUGGUUUAAUUUAAACUUGGUAACUGAAGAGGUCAUUAACCCCAACAGGUAUUUAAAACUGCUUUGUAGCAUAAUAUUAAUUAUUCUUAAAAGUCAUGAAACUUACUCAAAUGUUUUUGUUUUUGUUAGAACUCUUCCAUUGGCCAUCAUUUUCUCCAUUGUUACGGUUACUGUGUUUUACGUGCUGGUGAAUGUGGCUUACUACACCAUGAUGACAGCAGAUGAGCUCCUGAUGUCAGAUGCUGUGGCAGUGACAUUUGCUGGGCGUGCUCUGCAGGGUUUGGCACCGGCCAUGCCCGUACUGGUCGCACUUUCUUGUCUUGGAGCUUUAAAUGGAGGAUUUUUUGGUUCAACCAGGAUGUUAUUUGUGGGAGCCAGAGAGGGUCACAUGCCAGGCAUCUUCUCCAUGAUCCAUAUUCGCCGACAGACACCGCUACCUGCUAUAUUGUUUCUGUAUCCUCUGGUGAUCAUUAUGAUAGCAAGAGGAGAGAUCUAUGCACUGAUCAAUUUUGCCUCUUUCUCACGUUGGUUUUUCAUCGCACUGGCAAUCCUGGGGAUGCUCAUCCACCGAUACAGAUUCCCAGAACAUCCAAGGCCAUUUAAGGUUCCUCUGGUUAUCGCCGUGAUCUUCACCCUGGUGUGUUUCUUCAUUGUGGGUUUGUCGUUGUAUUCUGAUCCCUGGAAUACGGGAUUGAGCUGUGGCCUAACCCUUGCAGUUGUACCGAUGUAUUACCUUACAAUGAAGACAUCGUGUAUUCCUAACCGCUGGAAGAAAACCUUCAAUUAUUUUAGCCUACAGCUGCAAAUCCUUCUGGAGGUGACACAGCAAGAAGUUCAGACCUACUGAUGGAGUCACCCAACAACAACCAUAAUGACUGCAAAAAAUGUCAAGACUUUAAAGCAGAGUGCAGAUUAUAUUCUAAGACUAAGAUUAUGUCACCAUAAUAUUGGGGUAGUUUCCGGGCAGGGAUCAGCUUAAAGGUGGAGUACACAAUGUUUGAAAACGCUUUGGAAAAGGAGACGGGCCGACUACCAAAACACACUUGUAGCCAAUCAGCAGUAAGGGGGGUGUCUACUAACCGACAUCCUUGCCAGGGUUGCGUCUAUCAAAAGAAGGUCCAGAUUCUAUUGGGGUAGGGGUGUGUAUGUUUAGGUGAUUUUAAAUGUCAACAUUGGCUCAAAGAUUGUGCACUCUGCCUUUAAGCCAGGACUGACCUUAGUUUAUCAGAAAAUAUAACUAGUUUUAACAAACAUGCCUUACUAAAAACAUUACUUAUGUGCAUUUUGAGGCAAAACAAAUGGAACUGAUGUAUUUAAAGAUAUGUCAGUGCAGGUUGUUUUCAGUUUGGACCGCUCUUAUUUAUUUUAGUCUAGGACUAGUCUAACCCCUGUUCAGGAAAUUGCCCCAUAUUGUUCAUUUCUGAGUAUUAUUUUUCCAUAAUUCACAAGACAUUUUAACAUGAAAACAUAAUAAUAUAUCUUAACAUUCGCGUUUCAGUGGUUCUCAAACUUUUUUGGCGUGUGACCCCCUUGUGUGCCGUACGUCCUUUCGUAGACCCCCCCCAAAUAAAAUGUAUGACAUAAAACAUUCUAAACUUAAAAUUAGAAUAAAACAAAACAAAUUAAAUGAUAUGAUAUAGUGCUGUUAGAUUAUUAUUGCUUAUUUUUCGGUGGUUUAAUUAGACAGAAUUUAUGAUAAAUUCAUGUUUUUUAUAAACUGUCUGGCAACAUCUAGUGGCCCCAACUGCCAUCCGACCUGAAUCGUCCUUCGAACUAUUAAAAUUAAACCGCUUAUUUAUUGCAAACUUUGCACUGUUGCUGUAAAUUCUAUAUAUUUUGUAGAUCUGCUGUGCAACAGAACACAGAAAACAAAUACGAGGCACUUCACAAUGUGCAAGAGAUUUUUAAGGUCCUGUUUUUUUCUGUGUUUUGAAGCUAUGAUUGUGUUUAUGGUGGGCAAUAUAACAUGUGUUCAUGUUUUGUGUGUAAAAAACACAGUAUUUUUCACAUAAUUUACUUAUCUGUAUAGCGCUGUUUUCACUGUCCUAAAAACAAUCUGAUGUCUUCCUUGUUCUAUAAAAUCCCUCCUUCAGAAAUACGUAAUGAGUUCUGAUUGUGUAGUUUGUUUAGUGUGUUGUGAUUCGACAGCAGCUUAGCUUAGCCAGAGCCGUUUGAGCUUAGCUGGCAACUGACAUAGAACUGUGGGUGGAGCUUAGUCAAAAACUCUUGCUUUGACGUCAUUCAACCAGGAAGUAGAGGGUUGUAGUCCAAACCAGCCUUUCACUGUAGGCUUUAAAUGGGGAAUUCUAUUAAAGGAAUAGUCUACUCAUUUUCAAUAUUAAACUAUGUUAUUA